GCACGGCGGCUGACAAGUUCGCGUCUCGUUGCGCCGCUCCGGCGAGCGCCGCGCGUUCUUCAGUCGUGCCCCGCGCGUCCAGCGAGCCGCACGCGAGGCGGAUUAUGCGCGCGUCUCGGGUCCGCGAUUGAACGCGAUCCGGCGAGGAAUCGCGCGUGCAUCUCGUCGAAGCUCAAGUGCACAGCCUUCGGUACUCGACACGCUGAAUCACGAGACGUGGCUCGUCGAUGAGACGCCGCUCUUGCCCGGAAACCGUGCUGGAUCGAACGCGGAAGAGGAGCGGCGGAAAACACGGUCGAGCGUUUUAAGUAUGGCAUAGGAAACCAAUCGGUCGGCAGUAUGUGCUAUGUGAUAGUCACUGGACGCAGCCUGCUAUGGACGCUCUUGUCUUUGGCAGCGUUGAUGGCAGUUUUAUCGGGCCUUAUCACUCCGAGAUGGCUCGUGGGACCGCCGACGAUUAAGGACACAAGAAACGACACGGAACCGUACACGCCGACCGUCGGGAUCUUCAAUCGCUGCACGAGAUUAUACGGCAGGAAGCACUGCGCCAAUUUCAACGUCGACGGCUUCGCGACGGACUCCAACGUCUUCCCGGGAUGCUGGAAGGCGGCCCUGUUCUUCCUGUCCGCGGGCCUGGCGACGAUGUCGGUGACCGUGAUAGCCGCCCUGCUCGGAUGCUGCGUGCAGAGCAUCGGCCGCAAGAGCAUCUUCAAUCUGGCGGGAGUGGCGCAAGCCGUUGCCGGAAUACUGUAUCUUUUCGGGAUGAUCCUCUAUCCCGCCGGCUGGGGUGCCGAGAGAGUGCAGAGGAUCUGCGGUCCUGAGUCCGACGCCUUCUACCUUGCUAACUGCAGUCUCGGAUGGGCGUUUUAUAGCGCGGCACUCGGCGUCGCUCUCACCUUCGUCUGCGCCGCCUUGAGCGGACAGGCGGAGAAGUCGACGGCCAGCGACAAGGUCCAAGACAAAAUGAACGAAGGAAAGACCCUAAUAUGCUUAGCCUGAGCAUGCAAAUAAAAUCAGCGAGGGGUCCGGCCACGCCGGUAACGGGUGCCACGGUGCGAAGCGUCGAAAUGGGAUACUCGAGGAGGACCAGAAAUGCAACCAGAAAUAUUCACCUCGUUGUGUUCAUAGCGCGGCAGAACCGAGACGAGAGUUUUGUCGGCGGACGAAAAUUGUUGCACGAUCCGAAUAAUUUAUUGCGGGCUCGGGGAGGGGAAUGGACGUUUCGCCGAAUGUCAUACGCGACGCAUUGUACGCACGAAGAUUAAGUAUCGGAUGUACUUACCGUCUUCCCACACUUACCGCCGCAAUUUAUACCGACGCCUACGGUGUUCGCGGAGAAUUCCUGUUUUGUAUCUUAUACAUGUGUUUUUAUAUGUCAAAAUAAAAUGUAAAGUAAAA